AGAGUUUUCUGAGGGAUGGCACCCUUCGUUCCCGGAAAAGCCCAUUGGGCCGAAAUAGCUCAGUUUUAUGGCCCACUUUGCUCCACUAACAAUGAGAGUCGACGGGGGACGAUCGGCAAAGAGCAUUACAAGAUGAUGCCCGGCGAAAACACGAUCACCGACAGCCAGAAAGACUCUGCUUCUGUACCGUCUGUUCCAGAUCCAGGCCAUGAUGCCACAGUCGAGUUCGCUGAAGCACAUAGUUUUCGGCACUAUGGCAUUGGCCUAAAGGACCACAAGUUGUUAGCCCAAGCUGUUGAAGAAGCAUAUAUUGGAGUCGAGUGUGGCCAUGGCCGCCCGUUUGGAGCGGUUAUUGUUCAUAAGGAUGAAAUCAUUGUGAGCUGCCACAAUAUGGUUUUGAUAAACAAAGACCCUACUGCACAUGCUGAAAUGAUAGCCAUUAGAGAGGCAUGCAAGAAACUGAACCAAAUUAAGCUAUCGGAAUGCGAGAUUUACGCAUCCUGCGAGCCUUGUCCAAUGUGUUUUGGAGCCAUCCAUCUCUCAAGACUGAAGAAGUUGGUGUAUGGGGCAAAAGCAGAAGCAGCUGUAGCCAUCGGGUUCAAUAGCAUCAUAGCCGAUGGUGUGAGAGGCAUUGGGAGCUACCAUAAGUCUAACCUAGAGAUUAUAAAACUCGAUGCUAGUAUCGCCGAGCAAGUGUUCCAGAAUACAAAGGGGACGUUCAGUUUAUAGUAAGCUCUUUUUUCUUCUUCUUGUCAUCUCUAGAAGGAGAAGAAGAAAAGCAGAAAUGUAUUUGCAAAAUCCUUAUUUUAUUUUUAUUUUUUUUCCUCAAAAUUAACUGAAAAUUUCAAUCACGGUAUCUGUUUGUGUGUGUUUGUUUUGGUCCAUUUAAAAAUGUAUGUAUCAAACUAUCAAUGUGCAUUACUACAUUCUUCUUGAUUCAGAUCCAAUGAGUUGGAACAUAA